AUUAUCAAAAAAAAAAAAAAACAUUGUACAGCUGGUGAUCAUGAUGCGCGCGUUUUUAGAAAUUUUGAAGGGCGACUGAAGAAAACCUGACUGAUUGCCUUGUGCCAAGAUUUAGAUAUUAUUUUUAGAAUUUAUUUUAGGUUGAGACUACCUCACUCACAGAAUCCAAUGACUACUUCAAGUAAGAUUGCUGGGCUAGAGAAAGUAUAAAGAUUUAAACCAUGUCCGUUGGUGAUGAUUUCUUGAUUUCAUCAGAGAUUCAAGAAAAAACACAAAUAGAUUAUAGUGCUGUGCCAAACAUUUCUCCUGAAAAUGUUGUGUCGCUGUUCAGCUUUGCCUUACCGGCAGACAGGGUCAACGUGGAUGGCCAGGUCUUCGUGGAUCAAGAUGGUGACCUAAUCGUCCGCCGCAGAAGUGAUGCAGUAGAGGUCAUAGCCAUUGAGCACAGCCGUGCCACGCCCCUGGGACUGGUGGGGCAGCAGGUGUGGCGUGGUGCGCUGCUACUAGCAGACUUCCUGCUGCACCAGGGGUGUGCCCUGGCAGGGCACACACUGCUGGAGCUGGGGGCAGGCGUGGGGCUCACCUCCAUCGUCGCCGCCAUGUUCUCCCGAGAGGUCAUUUGCACUGACGUGGAUCGGGGAGGCAUCCUAGAGUUGAUGCGCGGUAACGCAGCGCGCAACGCUGAUUUACUGAAGGCACGUGUCACAGUGCUGGGGCUGGACUUCUUCAGCAUGGGCCGCUGGUCGCCUACGCUUGCGGCCAAGCUUCCGGUUGUGGAUGUGGUGCUAGCGGCAGAUGUAAUCUAUGACAACGAUGUGACGGAAGCAUUUGUAGACACCUUGGUAGAGUUGCUGAGGUUGCCGCCCACCAAAACAGUCUACAUCGCUUUGGAGAAAAGGUACGUGUUCACGGUGGCAGAUCUAGACUGCUGUGCCCCAUGUUACGAGUUCUUCGUGCAGUGCCUGUCCCAAGCCGUGCCCCCUGGCUGGACGUGCGAGCAGCUGCCCCUCGACUUCCCCCAGUACUUCCGCUAUGAUAGGGUUAAAGAACUGGUUCUGUGGCGCCUCACCUCCUAGUACCUCCCCUCCAGCCUUGACACGGCCAUGUGGCCACUGUGCUUGCUAGGGACUCCCCUUGUAUCCUUACAUUCCCACAGUACUUCCUAGGGCUCUACUCCCUGCAGAUGCUUGUGUUAUGUUAAUAUGUACGAGUCAAUAGUACAAACACAGACCUGUAAGUCACUGUGUUACAGAAGUGCUUCAUCCUCUGUUCCAGAAACAUUUUUAAUAAAUUAAGUAAAAUAU